UCUCUCUCUCUCUCUCUCUUGCUUGCUUUGAGAUUAGGGUUUGGUGAAGCCACUGCAAGAGCCUAUUUCUCCAACAUCCCUUGGUUUUCGACAAUCAAGGGUUUUGCAUCCGUGUCCAUAGUCCAAACUCAUGUCUUAUUAGGGUUUCGGAGAGCCAUCGAAGAUGCCUGAGUUGAGCUGGAGACACCACACCCUUGUUCAAGCACUCCUCUCACGCGGUCCUCUAAAGGAAGUUGAUUUCCAUCAAGUUUUCAUGGGCGUCACAGGAAAAAGUCCAGGUAGCCACAAGCAGCUAUUCAAUGAGUAUCUUUUGAAAAUAAACAAGGAACUUUCUUAUAUGCAGUUUGAGUUGAGGGGCUGCCGAAACCAGUAUGACGGCAAGGUUUAUUAUGGGGUUGUGAAUAAUGUAGCUGAUGAACAUUCCAAGCUUGGAACAAAAUAUUCAGUUCCACAGAUUGCUUUCUAUAAGGGCAUUAUAGAAGCAAUUGUGCAAGAUGCAAAUGCUUAUGGUAGCAUAUCAAACAUUGAUGCUCUGAAUAUCCGUCUGGACAAUCAGACUGUGAUGGCAUCACAGUCACAGGGUGGUGCAAGUCAAGUCCCUCCUGCAUUCAGGAAUUUCACAAUGUCUCAGAAGGAGAAAACUCUUGGUGACCUUGUGGGGGAUCAGUGGCUUUGCUUUAUGCCAGGAGGCAAUAUUGGUCUCGGUGUCAGAUCCUUUCUAGAUCUUCGAAGCUGGUUCCACAGCAAUGGUGUUCCUUCAUGCGAUGUAUGCAAUGAGGCCGGAGUGAAGGCCGAGUUGUGUCAAAAAGAAAAUUGUACUGUCCGAAUUCAUUGUUACUGUUUAAAGAAGAAAUUUUCUCAAAGAAGGGUUGAAAGGGUUUGUCCAGGUUGUGAUACUGAAUGGCAUCUUCCAGUUUCAAAAGUGGAACCAGUAGAAGAUGAGGGAGUGGAGAAAGAGACUACUGGAACCACUCAAAGCCAACCAACUUCGUCAGGGACCACCAUGAGAAAGAGAACUAGGAGCUGCAAGACUGAGGUAGAGACAGUGGAAGUUGGUGCUUCUCAACCUUCUAAGUCCAUUUGUGAUAUGAGGAGAACAACUCGAAGUUCUGCACGGCUAAGGUAAAAUCUUGUUAUGUUCUAUUUUUGUGUAUAUUUUGAGAGGGGAUGGUUCUCCCAUUUGGUCUUUCAGCCCACCCCCCCAAAAUCCCCUUUUUUGUUGGAUGACUCCAUGGGGAAUAUUACUAGCUAUAGUUGGUUCUAUGUAUUGGUUUCAAGACAA